AUGCUGAGUGAAAACCUGAGUGUCCCAGUGGACCUGAACAUGAGCCAGCAACGCUCCCCUAUGGCAAAGAAGGCCAUCAGUGCCCUGGCCUGCGUUAGAAACAGCACUUCCAGCAGGAUGAGGAAGGUGUCUGCUACACAGCACUGCCCACCAGCGAAGCCCGGAGGAGAUCCCGCGGCCGGAGCAGCCCAGCGGCGCCCGCAGCUGUGCCAGUGGCCGUGCAGAUGCCCCCCCGUGCCCGCCUGCAGCCCCGGGGUCAGCCUGGUGCAGGACGGCUGUGGCUGCUGCAGGGUGUGUGCCAGGCAGGCAGGGGAGCCCUGCGACGAGGCUGCCACCUGUGACCCCCACAAAGGGCUCUACUGCGACUACUCGGGAGACCAGCCUAGGUAUGAAACGGGCGUGUGUGCAUAUCUGGUGGCUGUAGGAUGUGAGCUCGAUGGAGUUUAUUAUCUUAACGGGCAGAGCUUCCAGCCUCACCCCCUGUACCAGUGCCUGUGCGUCAGCGGGGCCAUCGGCUGCACGCCCGCCUUCGCGCCCCGAGCGGCCGCCGGGGCCCCGGGCAGACACGAGCCUGGACGCUCCACCUGUGGGCCCGGACGGCAGAAGCAGCUUCAACCCGCCAAGUACAGACUGCUCUCAGCUUACAGAAGCCCACCAGUGGUGCCGAAGAACAAGUGCCUGGUGCAGGUGACCCGCUGGAGCCCCUGCUCCAGGACCUGUGGCCUUGGCAUCUCCAGCAGGGUGACCAACGACAACAGGAGGUGUGAGAUGAAAAGGGAAAAGAGGUUGUGCUUCAUCCAGCCCUGCCUGACCAAUACCCUGAAGGUGAUCAAGAUUCCCAGAGGGAAAACAUGCCAGCCCACUUUCCAGCUGCCUGCAGCAGAAAAACUGUUUUUCUCCGGGUGCUCCAGCACACGAAGCUACAAACUGACCUUCUGUGGGGUGUGCCUGGACAGGAGGUGCUGCGUCCCCAGCCAGGCCAGCACGGUCACCGUGCAGUUCGAGUGCCCCCGGGAAGGCUCCUUCCAGUGGAGGAUGCUCUGGAUCAGCUCCUGCGUGUGCCAGAGGGCCUGCACAGCUCCAGGGGACACCUUCUCUGAGCUCAGAGCCUUGUGA